GUAAUGAUGCUGUGAGCCAAUCAGUUAAGAAGACCAAUCCGACGACAAGCCUGCACAGCAGAGGGGCAAAAAGGUGCAAGGGCUGUUUACCGUUAUGCCGCCAGCAAUUGCGGCAGUUCACCCUAUAGGGGGACACCGCAUGCGUCCGGUAGCGCUGGACUAUUCUAUGUGUAGGGGCCGACCGGCGAAGAUGCGCCAGCGCUCACUUCUGGUUGCGCUCCUUUGCGCGGCCUUAGUGUCAAUCUCUAGGUGCGGUGCAGAAGCUUCACAGGAUAACGCGCGCACUGGAGAUGUGGGGGAAGCUCAUGUCGGACAAAACGCGAACGAACCAGUGGCAGGCGACAACAGCGACGAAGCGAAGGCGCGUACAGGUGACAAAGUUCUGGACAAAACUUCAACAGGACAAAGCAAAAGCGGUGAAUGGGAAGUGUCAGGGAAUACGUUCAACACUGGAUUCUAUUCGGCACAGAAUAGAGAAGUGAUUGUGAGUGACAGUCACGAUAAGGGUCGAAGUGGUGUCAACAGUGAAAACAGAGAAAUAACGCACGCUCGCUCUGGAUAUCUGAUUGGGAACCCUGCAGAGAAUAAAACAAGAGUAGAUUUUGAGUCUAAAUUAGGCUCCCUUAUGGACUUACUAAUGGAAAAGGUGACAGGUAGUAGACUAACCUUAAAUGCUCUCGACCGAAUAGACGAAAAUUGCACGCAGGCGUUGCUACGAUGGGUUGUUGCAUUACGAACAAUGAAACCGUGGGCUCUGAAGAUGCUAGACGCAACGGGUCGUCCGCCUUCGGGUCUGGCAUCGGGAACUAUCGCUGACCUAGGACAGUUUAACCAAUGCCUUAAAACGAUAGCCAGAUCUGACCGCUUCGGACAACAAAUGGAAGAGACUACCCUAACGAAAACAGCACAGAGUUCCAUGAUUUUCAGGGAUGUCAGCGGAUUGGAGUUGUUUCGUGGUCAAUAUUGUUCAUUGUUUCUGAAACCGACUGAUCUGGCUUCGAUGAAAAGAUUUGCGGAAAAGUUUGCUCCUGACGAUCCGGAUGAAGUGACGCUGGAUUUGCAGGUGUUCCUGGAAUCAAAUCAAGACGUGUCACAUGGACUUCGUAUCGGGGUCUGUGUACCUUCAACCUGUCCCUCCGAUGAUCUGUCUCUUCUUGUCAAUUCAGUUGCAAAUGACUUCGGCCUCACAGGAAGCCUUCGGGGCUGUGUUGUUAAGGACAAGCCUAAGUUAAAAACGUAUGAGAAGGUUCUAAUGUGCUCAUUUAGUCUUCUGGUGUCCUUUGUGAUCGUGGCUAGCGCGUUGGAUGUUUAUUUAAGAAAGGCUGGACAAAAGUCCAGCCUCGCCCAAAGUAUCUCAGCCGGCGCUACGGGAUUCUACAUCGAGACCUUUUCGGCAAUAUCAAACACGGAACGACUUCUGCAUGUUCCCGGCAAUGAGGAUAUGAGUACGAGUCAAAAGAAGCUAGCUUUCUUCCAUGGCGUAAGGUUCAUUAGUUCCUGUUGGAUUAUCCUCGGUCAUGGUUAUCUUACGAUCGAGCCCUCUGCCACCGGCGAACUGGGUCGCGCGAUGGAGUUCGGCCGCAGUUGGUUUUGGUGUCUCGUUGGUAACGCAUAUCCUGCCGUACAAACUUUUUUGUAUAUGAGUGGUCUCCUGCUGGCCUACAACUAUUUGCAGUUCGAGCAAAAAAAGGGGACGAAACUGUCACUUCAUCAUAAAAUUGUUAUUCUUCUAUUACGGAGAUAUAUACGGGUAACGGCGCCGCUAAUGUUCGUCCUUGGAUGCUGGUUGCUUGUUCCAUUGAUGUUCGAUGGACCUUUGCAGGCUGAGCACUACGGACCAUUUUUUGAGACCUGUCAACGCAACUGGUGGAAGGUUUUGCUACAUAUCAACAACUUGAGUGACUUCUUCGACAUGUGCCUACAGCAUACGUGGUACGUAGGGGUCGACUGGCAAAUAUACAUGGUUAUAUGUGUGAUUCCUAUACUGUUGGCAAAAAGGCCACGACUGGCACUUUUCAUCUCCGCGGCCCUAAUCGGUGUUACAUCAACAAUUGUCUUCCUGCAGGCCUACGUGAAUUCCUACCAGCCGGUGUCACUUUAUACACAGCCUCAGAUCUCGGCAACUAUGGCAAUGAUGAAAGCGAUCUACUACAAGCCGCACGCACACGUUGCCUCAUAUGUAGUCGGCGUCCUUAUGGGAUACUACCUUUUUGUAAAGGAACAGCUCGCUGGUUGCGGAACGACUCAAACGGCAAUGCAUAAAUCCGCCAAGGUUUACAGAACUACAAGCAUUAAGAAGUCGGUGCGCUACUUCGGAUGGGUGACGUCUACCGGAGUGGCUCUUGCCGUCGUAUUUGUCCCAUACAAAUGGUUCAGUGGCGCUCCAUGGGAUGGGCUGGACUCGGCCUUGUACGCAGGCUAUUCAAAGUUUAUGUGGUCAGUCAUGCUGUGCUGGUUGACGCUUGUUUGUGCUAAUGGAUAUGGAGGCCCAGUGAACGCGUUUCUUUCAUGGCGUCCUUUAGUUCCUCUCAGUCGACUUACCUAUGGAGCGUACCUGAUUCACUCUCCGCUUUAUCUCGUUCGGGCCGGCAUCCUCAGGGAACGUUUUUCAAUCCAACACUACCAUCUAGUGAUGGAGUUUUUCGGCUGUGUUACAAUGGCAUACCUUUUGGCGUUUCUAAUGUACCUCGUAUGUGAAGCUCCUGUAGCCCGACUAGAAAAGCUCGCAUUUGAGGGGCGACGAAAACCACAGAGAACGCGACAACCAGAUGGGGGCAGCCGUGUAGAGGGUGUACGUCUAUAAUACUGUUAAAGACAUUGUAAAAUUUUAGAUAAAUUAGAUAGAUAGACAGCACAAUCACUACCAGUCAACACCAUUAAAUCGUGUCAUGCAACGAGACACACUGAGUGUGUGUGAACGACUGGUACCAUAAAGGAUGGUUAAAAUUUGCAAUUCUUUAAAAACAAAGCGUAUUUUAUAUUUAGAAGAAGCGUCUGUUUGUCUAAACGAUCUUAUUUAUAACGUGUAAAUUUAUGACAAUACGCUUGUUUCAUUCCUCAUUACUGUCUUUCUUUUUAUUUUUAUGUUUAUAUUUUUCCAAAUACUUUGAUUUUCUUAGUCGUGCGAUGUUUAUGUAAAAUUUUAGUACGUUUUCGUCUUAAUUGUUCCAUCUUUAGGAAAACUGUAGAUUGAAUGUAAUAUGUAUGUAUAGUUGACUUAUUCCUGUCAGUCAUAGAAACCCGGAAAUAUAUGUAGAUGUACAGCGUGAAUCGCGUCGCUUUUAAUUUAAUACAAUGUAUAAAUGGUUAUAUGUGUGUAUAUAUAUAUAUAUAUAUAUAUAUAUAUAUGUCUAAUAUCAACAACUGUUUCCGCGUAGAUCGCAGUUAAAAGAUAGAAAAAAAAAUUAAUAAAGCGAUAUACGCGGUAUCUAUUGUUAUUUUUUUAGUGAACUAGAAUCUUUAUUGAGGAUAUUUUCUUGACAUAAAUGCCGUAUGGCAGUUCACGAAAUUUAGUCCCAGGAAUGAUUAAAAAAACAAAGGACAGCAAAGGAUGCAGAGUAGGGUAGUCACGUCAUGCAGGUACAAUGGAAUCGCAAGCGUUUGCAGGGGCAUUCUUAUCGAAUAUUUUCAAUUUGUUCUAUUAAAUAUCCACAUGAAAUCAAUAGCUUAUUAUAGUACACUAUAAAAGUGAAAAAUUAAUUCCAAUAUAAAUGUGUUUAAAUCAAUUCUUAAAGUGGUAUAAACGUAAAGUUUCCUUGGGGAUCAUUGCCCGUGAUACGUUUACGCUGUGGCAAAAACAGUUCACCGAAACUUGUCUUCAGAAAGAUCUAAUCAGGGUUUGACGAUAAUCGCCCACAAAUAAUGACCCUUGAAUUUUUUUAUUUUGAAUUUAAGUAUAAAGUUACGUGUCUGUCAAGAAAUAUGUUUUUUUUUUUUGUAGUCUUGCGUUGUUAAUACGCCACACAUGAAGUAUUCUUGGUUUUACUUUAUUUCCUGUCACUUUAUAAACGACUACAUAAUAGGACAUCACACGUGCGAUACGUUUCCAUUGUGACACGAGAUGCUGAAUUUUCACAAAGCCCUUGUUUUUGCAUACGGUACUCAUGCGUUUCCGUAA